AUGCAGACAAGGAGAAAAACUCUCGCCCUCGCAGUCUCGACUGCAACGACACCAAAGCCGAUUCUCACUUCAGUGUUCAAGCACACAAAGUCAAGGGCAAUUGCUCGUUCGGUUGUCACUAAAGCUGCUGUUGUCGAGACCAUCCAGACCAAGGUCGCCAAAGCCCAGACAACAACGGUCAAGGCUCGCUCUCGAAAGUUAACGGCUCGUUCUUCACCAGACAUCGAGAUGACUGUCAAUAGUAUGGCAGUCGCUUCCAUCAACACGUCGAAAGUCAAGGUGACCAAGGCCAAAGAAACCAAGCCUAAAGCCCCCGAAGAGAACCCAUGGGCAAAGAGACCACUUCACGUACCUGAAUAUGCUCGAGAAGCGCUGGAGUAUCUGUGCAAAGUCGACCCCGCCCUUGCGCCUCUCAUUGCCAAGUAUCCUUACACCAUCUACACUGACCACGACACCAACUACUUUCGAGUACUGUCGCGCACCAUUGUUGGACAGCAGGUGCACUGGAAGGCCGCGCGGGCAAUCAUUUUCAAGUUUGUCUCUUAUUACAUCCCCGAUGUCACCCUGGACUCCCUCGAUAGUGGUGACAAGCGAUUCCCUACUCCUGAGCAACUCUUGGCGACCUCCAUGGACCAAUUGCGUAACUGUGGACUCUCUGAACGCAAAGCCUCCUACAUCCAAGACCUUGCGCGUCAUUUCGUCGAGGGCAAGAUCACAUUUGCAAGCGACAAGGCUACGCUUCAGGCUCUCACAGAUGAUGAGCUGGCAGCCCAGUUGCUUUGUGUUCGAGGGAUUGGACCAUGGACGGUUGACAUGUUCAUGAUGAACACGCUCGAGCGUUUGGAUGUCUUGCCGACGUUGGACUUGGGAAUUCGUAAGGGUAUGGAGAAGCACUUCAGGAGGGAUUACAAGAACGGAGUUUGGGGCACGAUUGUUGAGAGCUUGGAGGACGGCAUGGCCAAGAAGGGUGGAGCCAAGGGCAAGGGGAGUGCGAAGAAGGGUGAGAUGAGCUGUGGUGAUAUGGAAAGGAUGGCCGAGAUCUGGCGCCCGUAUCGAAGCAUUGCUUCUUGGUAUAUGUGGCGAAACGCCGACGAGUCCCACGCCAUCACCGCACCUAUAAUUUGA